AUGAAUUUGAAGCAGUUGACUUGCAUAACAUGCGCUCAAUUACUCGCUAUUGUACUCUUCAUCUUUGCCUUUUUCCCCAGAAAAAUCGUGCUGACAGGUAUAUCACAGCAAGAUGCGGACCAAGAUCGUGAUCUCCAGCACAACAGGCCCUUUCAAAAGUUGGUGUUCGUAAUUAUUGACGCUCUUAGAUCAGACUUUCUUUUCGAUUCACAUAUUUCCCAUUUCAACAACGUGCAUGAAUGGCUUAAUACGGGCGAAGCUUGGGGGUACACGUCGUUUGCUAAUCCGCCUACCGUGACAUUACCAAGACUCAAAAGCAUUACUACAGGGUCUACCCCCAGCUUCAUUGAUUUACUUCUGAAUGUAGCCCAGGACGUAGAUUCAAAUGAUCUCUCGGAACAUGAUUCCUGGCUGCAACAGUUCAUCCAACACAAUAACACAAUUCGUUUUAUGGGCGAUGACACCUGGCUGAAACUGUUCCCACAAGAGUGGUUCGACUUUACCGACCCCACGCACUCCUUUUUUGUGAGCGAUUUCACUCAGGUCGAUAAUAAUGUUACGAGGAAUUUGCCCGGGAAGAUAUUUCAGGAAUGGGCCCAGUGGGAUGUGGCCAUUCUUCAUUACUUAGGUCUUGACCAUAUUGGUCAUAAAGAUGGCCCCCAUUCAAAGUUUAUGGGAACAAAACACCAAGAAAUGGAUAGCAUCCUGAAAUCCAUAUAUGACCAAGUGCUGGUUCAUGAACAUGAGGAAGAUACAUUGAUCUGUGUUCUUGGUGACCAUGGAAUGAACGAAUUGGGCAAUCACGGUGGCUCUUCGGCUGGAGAAACAUCAGCAGGGUUGUUGUUUUUAUCACCUAAGCUAUCCAAGUUCGUAAAGCCGGAAUCGCAGAUAAACCGCACGUUACCUAUUAAUGCUGCCCCGGACCGCGAUUUCCAGUAUUUAGAAACUGUCCAACAGAUUGAUAUCGUACCUACUAUAGCGGCCCUUUUUGGCAUGCCAAUUCCUAUGAACAGUGUUGGGAUCAUCAUUCCUGACUUCUUGCAACUACUGCCCAAUAAACUUGCAAGCAUAAAAGAAAAUUUCAUGCAUUUGUGGAAACUAUCUGAUCAUAACGGAGAUUUUACUCUCGACGAUCUCACUAUUGAUGGUAUUUAUACAAAGAUGUACAGUAUUCAAGAAACACUAACCAAGUCUGCUACGAAUUACAAUUAUCCUCUUUUGGCAUUGGCUUUUAUCAGUUUUCUUAUUAUAACGAUCAUUGCCAUUUAUCAGUUGCAACGUAAUUCUGGAUCAAGCUUAUGGCAACCACGCACUUCUCCGUUAUCUGUGCUGUUAAUUUCCGUUAUACUGGGUAUUUCGACGUUCGCAAGCAGUUUCAUUGAAGAAGAACACCAAUUGUGGUGGUGGAUAGUAACUGCUUUCUCUGUGGUCCCUCUUUUCGUCUACAACCUGAACGUCUUUGUCGUUGCACGAUGGUUCAUAAUGAUGGUGUGCGUUCGUUUGAUUAAAUUUUGGAAUAACAGUGGCCAAAAAUUCAUUUAUUCCAAUGUUAUGUCCAACCUGCUCAAUCAGAAUCCUAUCUGGAAGUGGUGGUUAAAUCUGUUCACACUUCUAGCGUUGAUAAUAGCGUCUAGUCGUUUUCAAGUACUACAUUUUAUUGUCACUACAAUCUUAGUCGGCUUGUGCUUCACAUACAAAAUCUCAUGGGAAAUUGUCAAUGGCAAUCAGGCUGAGAUACCAAUAUUUAUGCAUGACUUACUGGCUAAAAUAGACUUUGUCCCAACUGAAAGCAAUUUGAUUUUACUUGCGCGCGUUUUCUUUCAGGCUUGGGCAAUUGUUGUAGUUUCAAGAUUGGUUUUGACAAAAUUGAAAGUGCUAAACAAAAACUACCUAAUUGAAGAUAUUAAGGUAUAUAUAACAAUUCUGUUAAUUUUACAAACUUCAUCUCAGAAUAUCGGCCAAUUUAUCAUUUUCCAAAUUCUACAGUCCCAGAUUUAUUACUUUUUCAAAAGUCUACCAGCCCCAUUUUUGUUAACGCCAUCAAGUAAAGUUUAUCUGUCAAAUUUAGUGUCCUUGAUUUUACAGAAUUUUACGUUUUUCCAGUUCGGCGGCACUAAUUCAAUUUCUACCAUAGACCUUGGAAAUGCAUAUCAUGGAGUUUCUUCCGACUACAACAUGUGCACAGUAGGAAUGUUGAUGUCCAUUGCCAAUUUUGCACCCUCAAUAUACUGGUCCAUGUUACCGUGGUCAAUGAAUUAUGACUCGACUUCGUCACAAGUCAAAAUACAAACGUUUAUCAGAAGUAAAUUACCUGCCUUUACUUAUCAUUGCAUCUUUGGAACUUGCUUGAUGACAGCAUGUAUCUUUCUAAGAUUUCAUCUUUUUAUUUGGUCCGUUUUCAGCCCCAAAUUGUGUUAUUUUCUUGGCUGGAAUUUUGUAAUGGGAUUUCUGAACGGGUGGAUAACUGAAUUGACCGUUCUCUUCGCUCUUGAUUAG